AUGGCCUCCGCAGGGCACUCGUGGAUGUGUCAGGACCUGCUCGCUCGCAUCGAUGACAGCUUCCCCAUCUGGCUUCGAUCGCUGCCUUGCCGCUACCACACCGACCCAUCUGACUCGAGCAAGGACGUAUACGAAGUCGCACCCUCCUCGACCGGGCUCGGUUUGAGCAAGAGUGCAGCGAGAUGCUCGAGCGGCCGCAGAACCCGGAUCUCUUCCAGAACAUCGGGUAGUAGACCCCCCUUCUUGAUUCAGUCGGAGGGGGCCUGGAACAGAGGGUCACGAGCUGCCUGCUCUGCCUGCAAGGCUGCAUGCUGUCCAGCCCCUGCCGUAUAA